AUGACGACCGAAGAGCUGCGUCCCGUCAUUCCGCGCACCGAGUCGCACCAGAGCCUCGCAAACAACCCCGCCACCUCGCGACCUCCUCCGCCCCGAAACCGCAACCGCGCCUCGCAGCUCCGCAACGCCAGUAACGGGCCCCGCUCCGGCUCCAGCUCCAACCUCUCUGGCCCCGCAUCUCCAGCAGCAACCUCGCCAGACAAGGACGUCUACCAGGACGACCCGGACCAAGCCGCCCACGCCCAUGACGGCGACGAUCGCGACGACGACGGCAACGGCGUCAAAGGCGGCAGGUACGGCGCCCUGGGCCUCGCCCACGACCAUGCCGCCGUGCCCUCUGCCAUCCGCACAUCGUCGUCCGGCUCGGCGAGGAGCUACAACUCCAGGCUCGAUGCCGGCUACGACGCGGACGAAAUCCCCAGGGACGAGAUCGAGCAUGCUCUCCGCGGCCUCUCGAGGGACGACCUGGUCGUGGCCCUCGGACGUGCAAAAGUGCAGAUGGACGAGAUCGAUGCCAAGCUCGACGCCCAGAUCCUGGCCAGCGAGGAGCUCCAGGCCUCGUCCAACUCGCUCCUCUCGCAGCUCAACCUGGCCGAGGCCGAAAACGACUCGCUCAACGCCGUCAUCCGCCAGCGCGAGGAGCGCAUCGACGACCUCAUGGCCGACCAGGACCGCAUGGAGAGCGAGCUCUACUCGCGCCUCCAGGUCAUCGAGAGCCUCCGCAAGCAACUCAACGAGAGCGAAAAGCGGCGCAACGACGCCGAGAGGCGCUACGGAGACCAGACCUCGACCAUGGACAAGGAGCGACAGUACUACGCCGACACCGAGCAGCUUCUCAAGUCGCAGAAGGCCACCCAGGCGGCGUCGUACGAGAAGCUGCUCAGCCAGAACCACGAGCUCCACAAGGAACACGAGCGGCUCUCGGCCAAACUAGCGCAGCUGCGGGCCCAAGGCGCGUUCGGCGGCCAGGGCGACGAGUCCGACGGCGACGGCGCCGAAGACGGCGACGGCGACGGAAAGGGCGGCGGCGAUGAUGGCCAGGCCGACGAUGUGGACGGCAGCGAAGACGGUGCGGACGGCGCGCAGCCACGGCGGCCACGGGUGGCGGGCCGCAGCGUGUCGGGCUCCAAGCGCCACGCCGCCCGCACGCUGGCCGAGGAGAAGGAAUACGCCACGCUCAAGGAGGAGCUGGCCACCAUCCAGCGCUCGCACACCUCGCUCACCGAGGCCAUCGCCACGCUCCAGACGGAGCUGCGCGACGUCAAGGGCGAGAACGCCACGUUGCGCGACCAGAACGAGACCUUCAUCGACAUCCUCCAGGAGAAGACCUUCAGCGGCGCGCUACUGAGCGAGAGCGCCAUGAUCAGCGCCGGGCUGGGUCGGCAGCGUCUGCGCGGCGCUUCGGGUCUCAUGGGGCCCUACGAGAGCGACGAGGACGAGGACGACGAGGACGACGAGGAUGCCGACGGAGGCGGUGCAGACACCACCGGCGACACCUCUGUCGACGACGAGGUCGAUGAGCAGCAGGACGACUACGACGAUGUCGAUGAUGUGCCCGACACGCCCCGAGCGCCCACUCGCAAGGCUGCCGCAGCGAGCGCACAGGACAGCGCCGGCAAGACCGCGGGCCGCAAGGUGCCACGCCGCAGGAAGCAGUCGACCAGCCUCCUGGCGCCUCAUCCGACCGACCUGGCCAGCGAGCUCGGGCAGAGCGGCAGCCCGCAAGCUUCCGGGGCCGCGGGCGCCGUCCAGGCUCCGAUGAGUCCCGAGGAAAAGAAGAAGCGGCAGGAGAGGCGCAACGAGAGGCACGGCGCCGUCUCGGACAAUGUCGAAGAGCUGCAAAAGGAGGUGCGCGAGCUGCGCGAGGCCAACCAGGCCCUGACGCUCUACAUCGCCAAGAUCAUCGACCGCAUCAUCGCGCGCGAGGGCUACGAAAACAUCCUCGCCGUCGACGGCAAGGGCACCGUCCGCGGCGGCGGCGCGAGGCGCAAGCAGUCGAGGACCAACCUGCGGUCGAGCCCCUACGACACCUUCGACAACCCCAACCAGACCAAGCGGUCGGUGUCGAAUGCCAGCGCCGCCAGCGCUGCCAGUGCUGCCACCACCAGCAGCAGCGGCAGUGGCGUAGGCGGCGGCCUCUUCCGCUUCGGCGGCGGCGGCGGCGGAGGAGGCGAUGCGGCGGCGGCCAAGUCGGGCAAGCCAGUGCCGCCAAAGCCCAAGCGCGGCAGCUCGAUCGACUGGCGCAGCCUGCCGUUCCUCGGUGGAGGCAGCAGCAACGCCGCCCCUGAGCCCAACCCCAACCUCCGGCCGCUCACCCUGGCUUCGACCAGCCCGUUGAUCGGCGGGCCCUCGAACAGCGGCGGCGGCACCGCAUCGACGCCUACGUCGGCGGCGCGCAAGCUGCGGACCAGCGAGGAGGUCGAGGACGAGGCCGAUGUGGCCGAGCGCGAGCGGAUCCGAAGCGAGCUGCUGAAGCGGGGCAUCCAGCCGCCGUCCAACCAGCUGGUGCAGAGCCCCAACAGCCCGUCGACCGCAACCAUGGGCGGUGGCGGCGGCGGCUCGAGCGGAGGCGGGUUCGCCGCCUUCUUCAGCCGGGUCGUGACCGGAGGCAGCGGUGGUGGCACCGUGGGCGCCACCAACGGCGGCGGUGAGGUGUUUCCGCGCACCUCGACGCCGAUCCUCUCUGACCCGAGCAAGCGGCGCGAGGAGCGCAGCCGCGCCAUUCAGCUGAGCGGCAACGGGCUGACCGAGUUCGGCGGUGGCGAGGGCGAAGGGAUCGGAGCGGCUGCACGGGCGCGCGCGCGGGCCCGGAGGGACAGGACCGCCCACGCCUUGGCGCGCGGUGGUGGGGCGGGAGGGCUAGGACUGGCAGACGACGAGGAGUGGGCCGACGGCGCCGACACGGGCACGCCAGACAGCAGGCGAGGCGAGACGAGCCUGAGCAGCGAGAGUAGCAGCGUCAGCGCGGCUGAAGGAGGCGCGGGCGGCACGGGCACCGAGACGAGCGGGUACCUCGAGACAUCGAUUGCGGGCGACGAGAGCUACUCGCUGCCGCCGCCGCCGUCGUCGUCGUCGUCCCAACGGAUGGCAGGAGCGGGAGCGGGGGUGUCGCCGUUGAUGGGCUACGGCCAUCCGCUGCCGCCGCUGCCCUCGAUGACGACGGGAGAAGAGGGCGAGGCUGCUGCGGCUGCUGGGACAUCGCUGAGUCCCGUCGAGGCUGGACUGACGUCUUCGCCGGUCGCCACCACGUCGUCGUCGUCGUCGGCGGUCGAAGCUGAAAAGUAG